CAAAUAAAAAAAAAGACAUUGAUCUCAUCAAAUCGCUUUUACGCUCUCUUUCUGCCAUGUCGCGUCGCGUUGUUGUCUCGCUCUUGUGUUGCAUAUGAUUUGCCUGUUUUUUAUUAUUUUUAUUUACUUGAAACACUUUCUGCAUUGUGAUAACUUUGGAAGAGAAGAAACGUGAAACGAAGACGUUUGUUAACUUUGUAAAAAUUGAACGGCUUCAAAAUGAUAUUCGAUCGUUAUGUUAUAUCAGGCUCCAACGGUGACAACGGCGACUACGAUCCGAGCGUGGUGCGGCAUCAUCAUCACCAUCAUCAUCAUUUGGAUCUGAGUGCAACGACGCAUCACGGUUCAACAGGAUUCUCCGGAUUGCCGCCGGCGCAUUUAGCUGCCACACUUGGCAGCCCAAGUUCAUCGGGUGGUCGCCCCGAUUCGGAUUCAUUUGUUGCUCGCAACCUGCCACCGACGAUAUCGCCUCCCUCGCCCACAUCGUCGACCAGCAGCAACAACAUGCAACGCCAGCAACAACAACAGCGUCACUUGCGUCCCAAUUCAUCAGCCGCUGCUGCCGUCGCCGCCUCGGCUGCUGCCUCGCUUUCGGCCUCCAGAGCGGGACUCGAACAUCUGCUGAGCGAUGAGCAUGCGGAGCGUCUGCUGAUCGAUAUGGCGCGACUCCGCGAGCCCGUCUCCAAUCUCGAUAUUCGUGAUAAUGGCGUCUUUGCCAAGACUUAUCUGCCCCGCGGCACCCGCUACGGACCCUUUCCCAUGCAUCUCUGCCAGCAGCCCAGCGAACGACAUUUGGCCUGGGAGGUAAUUGCUGGACCGCUGUUUCAUGGCUGGCUCGAGCCCUCAGCGGAUGUGGCCACAUGGCUGAAAAAAAUACGCGCCGUGCAAAUCGAUGAAAUCGAAGAGGCUAAUUUAAGGAACUUUAUCAUUGCCGGCUAUCUGUGGUACGAGACGAAGCGGGAUGUGAAUGCAGGCGCUGAAAUUGUGGUCGAUGCACGUCCCAAAAGUCCCUACGAUAUCAGUGACAGUUUUCCUGGCGCCGGAGUGGGGGGAGGUGCGGCGGCGGCUGCCGCAGCAGCAGCAGCGGUGGCAACAGUAGCCAACAACAACAACAACAAUAGCAGUAGCAACAACAACAACAACAACAACAAUAGCUUAUUAAGCAACGAUGAUCGCAGCGAUCGAGAUAAUGGUUCCCAUUAUAGCGGUGACGAGUACAGCAAGGAGAAGAAGGGCGAUAACGAUUUCACAGACGACGAAAACGGUUUCGAUAUACGCUGUGAGGUCUGUGAUAAUGUCUAUACGGAUUUAGAACGUCUGGAUGAUCAUUUGGUUGGCGCACAUCAUUUCAAGCGUGGAGAAUUUGCCUGUGAACUUUGUGGCCAACGAUUCUGCCAUCGUCCUUUGCUAAUCAAACACGGAGCUAUCGCCCACAACAAUAUCCGGAAAUAUUCCUGCGAAAAUUGUUCCAAGGUAUUCUGUGACCCAUCGAAUCUACAGCGUCAUAUUCGCGCCUAUCACGUUGGAGCUCGCAGUCAUCCGUGUCCGGAGUGCGGCAAGACAUUUGCCACCUCGUCGGGGCUGAAGCAACAUCAGCACAUCCACUCAUCGGUCAAGCCCUUUGUCUGCGAAGUCUGCUUCAAGGCGUACACGCAAUUCUCGAACUUGUGUCGCCAUCGUCGCAUGCACGCCGAUUGCCGUGUUCAAAUCAAUUGCAAGAAGUGCAACACCAGCUUCAAUUCGGUCACCUCGCUGUCCAAGCACAAGAAAUUCUGCGACACCACCGAAACUUUCCGGAGUCAUCAUCAUUCACAGUCGCGUCUGCAUCAUUCUCAUCACCAUCAUCAUCAUCAUCACCAGCAGCAGCAGCAGCAACAGCAGCAACAACAACAACCGCCACCUUUGAUCUUGCCACCUGGUGCUCAUCAGCGUCUUGCCGCAGCCGCUGCCGCCGCCUCUAACAGCAGCAGCAACACUAACAGCAGCAACAACAACUCUAAUCCCAACCCAAACUCGAGCAGCGAUUCCGCAAGUUCAGCAAACAUGGCCACGCCACCAAAUCAUCUGUUUAUGAUGCGUCCGAGCUCCUCGUUCUUUGCCAGCUUUCCACACUACGGCCUGCCCAACUUCUUUACACCCGGCCUGCAGCAGGCGGGCAACUUUCCGCUGCCGCACAUGUUUCCCAAUCAUCCGCAGCUGGCGGAAAUGGGUCGCGGUAUAGGACCGCUCAUGUUCCCCAAUGCCGCCUUCCAGCAGCAACUGCAGGCUGCGAUGAACAUCAAGGCGGAGGAUUCCCCAUCGCGGCUCAAACGCGAUUCAAGUUCACCGGAGCAGCGGAAACUGAUCAAGUCCGAAACGCAGGUCAGCGACGAGGAAGAAGAGGAGGAGGAAGUUGAAGACGAGCUGCUGGAGCAUGAAGUGGAACAGGAUGCGGAGCUACAGCUGAAGGCGGCAGCCAACCUGAAGCUCGAUUCGAGCAAGAUCAAAAGGGAAGGAACAUUGCAAGCGGAUGAGGAGGAGGAAGAGAAUGAUCCCGACAAUGAUAGAAAAUCCAUUGACAUUGUCAGCACUCCGCCACCCGUCGAUGGCGACUCCGAGCCAGAAGCUGAGCCGGAGAAAAGCAGCGCUGAGUUGCCCCUGGACUUGUCCAUCGCCAGUCGUAAGCGUCGCAGCUCCGCCAGCCUCAACUAUAUGCCCCUGACGAGUCGCACGCCCACGCCCGAGUUAGAGCAACCGCCUCCGGCGAAGCUGGCCAAGCACAACAACAGCAACAACAACAGUUCGGCGGAAUCCUCGUCCACCUCACGGCUCUCCUACAAGGGCAGCAGUCCAACGCACAGUGCCAGCGCGUCGCCAGCACCGCACAGCACUCCCUCGCCACCGAUCAGCACCGGGGGUGAGCUGAGCAGCAUGUCGGAGAGUGCGGCAGCGGCCACAGCAUCCGCAACCGCAGCUGCAGCCGCUGCAGUCUCCGCCUUGGCUUGUCCACGUCCUCAGAUGCAUCCGCAUCUGCUGUUGGAGGAGCUGUAUCGCAAUCGUUUCUCAACGCCACCGUUUCCUUUUUUAGGCCAAAUGGGCGGACGGCCAGGUAUUGAGUCGCCACUUGCUGGAGCAUUUGCUCCCGUUGCGUGCCGCCGGCCUCUCAGCCGCUUGUCCCCCCCCAUCGCCGCCAGCCACAGCAGCAGCGGAGGUGGUGGAGGAGGUGGAGGUGGAGGAGGACGCUUAAAGGAUCGCUACACGUGCAGGUUUUGUGGGAAAGUGUUUCCGCGUUCCGCGAACCUCACGCGACAUCUGCGCACACACACGGGAGAGCAACCAUACAAGUGUGAGUACUGCGAUCGCUCGUUCAGCAUCUCGUCGAAUCUGCAGCGUCAUGUGCGCAACAUCCACAACAAGGAGCGACCCUUCAAGUGCGAGAUCUGUGAUCGCAGCUUUGGCCAGCAGACGAAUCUCGAUCGGCAUGUGAAGAAACACGAAGCGGAUGCCGCUGGCUUCGAGUAUCACGAUUCGCCCAGUUCCAAUGAGGCCAAGGAGCGCGAUGAGGCCUGCUUCGACGAUAUUCGUUCGUUCAUGAAGGGCGUGUACACGCCCACAAGUCUAGGGGGUGCCGAUGGCGAUACGGAGGAAUAUGCGGGCAGUGAUGAUCAGUUGUCGGUGUCGACGCGACAAUCGGCUAAUUUCGACAAGGAAUUGCUGGUCAACAAUAACAACAACAACACUGACAACAACCACAAUAGCAACAGCAGCAGCAGCAGCAACCACAACAGCACCAGCAACAACAACAACAAUAAUCCCACAGCUCUUAGCGAAACGAUCGCAGUGAGCACCUAAGAAAGUCAGAAAGAAAAAAAAAAAAUCAAACAGGGAAUUUCCCUGCUACUAAAAAACUUACUUUAAACUUUUACUUAAGCGUGUGCCUCCAAGAGGGAAAAACUAAUCGUUAAGUAGUUCGCAUUUUCCUUCUAGAUACUUAUUUAUCAAUGUAACUAACAUAAAUUCAACAAAAAAACGUACUAAAAAAAAUCUAAAAAAAAAAACAAUUUAACUACUCGUAGC